AUGGAUCACCCAAUCCCCGCUCAGCUGCCGGCUCUCGCCCAAAACCGAGGCGCUUAUUUGGAUGCGGUUCCUGGACGGAGCCGGCAGGACGAAAGGCGCGCUCAAGGUGAUGAUUGCGCUGAAUCUACAUUCGUUGCAGCAGUUGCUGCCGGUGAUCACCAAUGCAAUCCUGACCUUGCUGCGAUACCUGGGGGCCGAGAACGUGUAUGUGUUGGUGUGUACACCCCGGAAGGACUGGCCCAUCUGGGCGCGGUGCUGAGCGGACUGGGCGUGCAACACCACAUGCGGUGCGCCAUGGAGGAGACGAUCUGGAUGGGUGUUGACCGGAUCAAGCUGCUCUCGGAGUACCGCAACCAGGCGCUGUUGGCCUUUGACAAUGCUGACCGGGCCCUUGACGGGCUCUCCAACCUGGUCUUCAUCAACGACGUCUUCCUCUUUGCCCAGGACAUCCUUGAGCUGCUCUGGCAACCACCAGCCUAUGCCGAGGCGGCCUGUGCGCCAAUCGACUUCCCUAUUGCCCCCACUCUUGCAAUCCCGAUGGCAUUAGAGAAAGCAGGCUUGGAGUUCAAAGACAUGACGAAAAUCGAAAUCAAUGAAGCCUUUCCCGUCGUCGCCCUCGCCAGUAUGAAAAUCCUUGGAAUCAAAGCCGAAAAAGUCAAUGUCAACGGUGGAGCGGUCGCUUUGGGCCACCCUAUUGGCAGCAGUUGUUGUUGGAUUGUUGUCAGCUUGAUUAAUUCCUUGAAACCAGGCGAAUAUGGCGUGGCUGGAGUUUGCAAUGGAGGAGGAGCUGCUUCAGCGAUGGUCAUCCAAAGAUUAUGA